AUGUCGCUCUUGGGGACAAUCAACCCAAAUCCUGCUCGGUCCCAGUCCGUGGUCAGCCACAAUACCCCGCAGCUCCCGGGUGACCAUGAGCUCGACGCGAUCAAUGAUCCAGAAAAGGACGACGAUGAAGACACGGUGCAGGAGGAUGAUGAAAAUAAAGAAGCGCUGGUUGGUCAACUAGCGCGACGACUCACCCGGCAAUCUACUCGAUUCUCAGUGAACGGUGCAUUGGACAAUCCCUUCACUAAUGGAGACUCCGAAUCCUCGAUCAAUCCCAGUAGCCCCAACUUCAAAGUCCGGGACUGGAUGAAGAUGUUGCUAGCUAUCCGGUCUCGCGAUCCUGACAGGUACCCUGAUCGGACCGCUGGCAUUUCGUUCAAGAAUUUGAACGUCCACGGAUUCGGUUCUCCUACGGAUUAUCAGAAAGACGUGCUGAACACUCUUCUGGAGAUUGGCACUAUGUUCCGCCAACUGACCGGCAUGAAACUUCAGAAAAUUCAGAUUCUUCGCAACUUCGAUGGUCUUGUCAAAAGCGGAGAAACAUUGGUGGUCUUGGGAAAGCCCGGUAGUGGAUGUUCGACUUUACUCAAGACCAUUGCCGGUGAAAUGAAUGGCAUUGAAACGUCCGAAGACUCGGUUCUCAACUAUCAAGGUAUCUCUGCAAAGGACAUGCAAAAUGCCUUUAAAGGCGAGGCAAUCUACUCAGCAGAGACCGAUGUCCACUUCCCUCAACUCUCCGUCGGCGACACCCUCAUGUUCGCUGCGUUGGCUAGAGCCCCCCGAAACCGCCUUGAGGGGGUCUCAACCGAGCAGUACGCCAGACACAUGAGAGAUGUGGUCAUGGCUAUGCUUGGCCUUUCCCAUACAGUCAACACCCGAGUUGGAAAUGACUUCGUUCGCGGAGUGAGUGGAGGUGAGAGGAAACGAGUUAGUAUUGCAGAGGCCACUCUCAGUCAGAGUCCCUUGCAGUGCUGGGAUAACAGUACGAGAGGUCUGGAUAGUGCCAACGCACUUGAAUUUUGCAAAAACCUGGCCCUCAUGAGCAAAUAUUCCGGAACAACUGCUUGUGUCGCUAUCUACCAAGCGUCACAGAGUGCUUAUGACGUCUUCGACAAGGUGACCGUCCUUUAUGAAGGAAGGCAGAUCUUCUUCGGGCCAACCACCGAGGCUAGGAAGUACUUUGAAGAUCUGGGCUAUGAGUGCCCAGAUCGUCAAACCACGGCAGAUUUCUUAACGUCGGUCACUAGCCCUUCGGAACGUGUGGUUCGGCGUGGGUUUGAAGGCCGUGCUCCUAUCACUCCUGAUGAUUUUGCUGAAGCCUGGAAGAAAAGCACCGCCCGUGCUAAGCUUCUCGGUGAAAUAGAGGAGUAUGAGAAAAACUACCCUAUCAAAGGUAGCUCCUACGAUGCAUUUGUGGAUGCGCGUAGGGCUGCCCAAGCUAAGAGCCAGAGGGUCAAAUCGCCAUACACCAUUUCGGUUCGGAAACAGAUUUCUCUCUGUGUCACCCGUGGCUUCCAGCGUCUCCGUGGAGAUUACAGCUUGACAGCAACAGCUUUAAUUGGAAACUUCAUUAUGUCUUUGAUCGUUGGUUCAGUCUUUGUGAAUCUUCCAAAUGACACCUCCAGCUUCUACUCUCGGGGAGCUCUUCUGUUUUUUGCCGUUCUCCUGAAUGCCUUCUCUAGUGCAUUGGAAAUCCUUACCCUGUACGCCCAGAGACCAAUUGUUGAAAAGCACGCUCGUUACGCCUUCCACCACCCUUUCGCGGAGGCACUUGCAUCGAUGCUCUGCGACGUUCCAUACAAGAUCGCCAACUCAUUUACCUUUAAUAUACCAUUGUACUUUAUGACCCACCUACGUCGUGAAGGCGGGCCGUUCUUUACCUUCUGGAUAUUCUCGGUCCUCACUACGUUCACUAUGUCAAUGAUUUUCAGAACCAUUGCGGCAUCUUCCCGCUCGCUCUCACAAGCCUUGGUUCCUGCUGCUGUUUUGAUCCUGGGCAUGGUCAUCUAUACCGGUUUUGUUAUCCCCACUCGAAACAUGCUCGGGUGGUCUCGCUGGAUGAACUACAUCGAUCCCGUUGCCUACGCGUUUGAAAGUUUCAUGGUCAAUGAAUUCCGCAAUCGUCACUUCCCAUGCGCUGCUAUUGUUCCUUCUGGCGGUGCAUACGACAGUAUCUCAAUGGAAAACCGCAUCUGCUCGACUGUCGGUGCUCAAUCAGGCUCUAGCGAUGUGUCUGGAACACUGUAUCUCGAAGAGAGUUACGGGUACAUGACGAAACACUUGUGGAGAAACUUUGGAAUCCUCAUCGCCUUCUUGUUGUUUUUCAUGUCCACCUAUCUUUUUGCCACUGAGUACAUCUCCGAGAAGAAGUCCAAAGGUGAGGUACUUCUGUUCCGCCGUGGUUAUCAGCCGGCACAUGCCGCCGGAGAAGGUGAUUUGGAAAAAUCUUCCCAACCCUCUGCAGUUGCCAAGACAGACGAGUCUACUCCCAGUACUACCGCCAUUCAGCGACAAACUGCGAUUUUCCAAUGGGAGGAUGUGUGCUACGACAUCAAGAUCAAAGGAGAACCCAGGAGGAUCUUGGAUCACGUUAAUGGAUGGGUGAAGCCUGGCACCUGCACUGCAUUGAUGGGUGUCUCUGGAGCCGGAAAAACUACCUUGCUUGAUGUGCUUGCAACUCGAGUCACGAUGGGUGUCGUCACCGGUCAAAUGCUCGUCGACGGAAACCCCACAGAUCAAUCGUUCCAGCGAAAAACUGGCUACGUCCAACAGCAAGACUUGCACUUGUCUACGUCGACAGUUCGGGAAGCCCUCGUGUUUAGUGCCUUGUUACGUCAACCCGCCACGGUCAGCCGACAAGAAAAGAUAGCCUAUGCCGACGAAGUCAUCAAACUCUUGGGUAUGGAGGCGUACGCUGACGCCGUUGUUGGUGUUCCCGGAGAGGGAUUGAACGUUGAACAACGAAAGAGAUUGACGAUUGGUGUGGAGCUUGCCGCGAAACCUCAACUCCUGCUCUUCCUUGAUGAACCUACCAGUGGCCUGGAUUCACAGACUUCUUGGUCCAUUCUUGACCUUAUCGAAACGCUCACUAAGCACGGACAAGCCAUUCUUUGCACUAUCCAUCAACCUUCUGCUAUGUUGUUCCAGCGAUUCGACCGCCUUCUCUUUUUGGCUAGAGGUGGUAGGACGAUCUACUUUGGUGAAAUCGGCGAAAACUCAUCUACUCUAUCGAACUAUUUCGAGCGCAACGGAGCCCACCAUCUGACCCCCGGAGAAAACCCCGCUGAAUGGAUGUUGGACGUUAUUGGCGCAGCCCCAGGUACACACAGUGACAUUGAUUGGCCAAAGGUAUGGCGGGAGAGUCCCGAAUUUGGGCAGGUCAAGGACCACCUCUCCGAGCUGAAGUCCACCCUAUCUUCAAAGGCGGCCGUUGAUACUUCGCCUAACGCAUUCCGUGAAUUCGCCGCACCUUUCCACGUUCAACUGUUGGAGUGUCUCAAACGUGUCUUUGCGCAGUACUACCGCACCCCGACUUACAUCUGGUCGAAAGCUGCCCUUUGUAUCCUCACCUCGCUCUACAUUGGAUUCUCAUUUUUCCACGCCCAGAAUUCCAUCCAAGGCCUCCAGAACCAGAUGUUCAGUGUUUUCAUGUUGAUGACAAUCUUUGGUAACCUAGUACAGCAGAUCAUGCCCAACUUUGUAACCCAACGUUCUCUUUACGAGGUGCGGGAGCGUCCAUCCAAGACAUACAGUUGGAAGGCGUUUAUGAUCUCGAACAUUUUGGUUGAAAUGCCUUGGAACACAUUGAUGGCUGCGUUGAUGUACUUCUGUUGGUAUUAUCCAAUUGGGUUGUACAAGAAUGCAGAGCCCACUCACGCCGUGAGCGAGCGAGGCGCUCUCAUGUUCCUGUUGAUCUGGUCAUUCUUGUUAUUCACCUCGACCUUCGCACACAUGGUGAUUGCAGGAAUCGAGCUGGCUGAAACUGGUGGUAAUAUCGCGACUUUGCUGUUCUCCCUCUGCUUGAUUUUCUGUGGUGUUCUCGCAACCAAGGAGGCCAUGCCUGGCUUUUGGGUCUUUAUGUACCGCGUUUCGCCGUUCACCUACUUGAUCUCGGCAAUGCUCUCGACGGGUGUUUCGGGCGCUGAUGCAGUCUGUGAGGCUGUCGAGUAUUUGAAGUUCAACCCCCCAGCCAACCAAACUUGUGGAGACUACAUGAGCGCUUACAUCAAGGUGGCCGGCGGGUAUCUGCAAAAUCCCAUGGCUACUACCGACUGCGCGUUCUGCACCGUCAGCACAACGAAUAUGUUCCUCAGCCGAAUCUCCAGCACUUUCUCUGAGGCUUGGCGGAACUUCGGUCUGAUGUGGGUUUACAUUAUUUUCAAUAUUGCCGGCGCGCUGUUCAUCUACUGGCUCGCCCGCGUGCCCAAGGGGAAAUAG